UAACAACAUCAGCUGAUCAUAAUUAUCUGCUGUCUAUAUUAAAUUAAACGUCUUCGGGAGGAGACGAUAACUCUCCCAUUAACCAUGUAUUCACAUUGACCAAUGAAACAAAAUGAGAAAACAGUGUGAGGUGUGGUGAUCCACAAGAGAGGAGUUAUCAUUUUAAUUUGUUUUAGGUUUAAUUUGUACCUCACAAUUGUAAGAAAACAUCUCGUCAGUGUUUGGGUGUGGGCUUGGACUUGAAAGACGCAGAAAUUGAAUUUAGGAAUGAGCUGAGGGGCGUUUCGGAUCAACUGCAGCAGUUAGUUUGAUGACACACUCGUAAGUCCCAGGAGUUUAUGUUUUUUUGCAUUUUCACAUCAAACCAGAGUGAAGAGUUCAGUAAAAAGUAUUUCAGGGCGUUUUGCAGCAAGCAUCAUGUCACGUUCACAGCUCCUGGUUGUACUGUUCUGUUGUCUUCCAUUGGCAGCCUGUCUGCGCUGUUACACCUGCCUGUUUCCAGCUCUUUCUCCCAUGGACUGCUUUAAGUUUCCUCAGGAGUGUCCAGCUGGGCAGCGCUGCCUGUCGAGCAUAGCCACGGGAAAACGGGGUGCACUACAGCUGACGAUGUAUGAGAAGAGCUGUGCCAUCUCCUCGCAGUGUGGCGUCAGUGGACAGAAGUAUGCAACUGGCCUGUACUUCAACUACACUAACGUGUGCUGUGAUACUGACCUGUGUAAUGGAGCCGUGUCCGUUGCUGCCCUCAGCUGGGCAGGACUGGCCCUCUGUCUGCUGCCUGCACUCUGCCUCCUGUUGGCCUAAGUCAACCCUGAGGAAACAGGUUAUCUGGAAACAAACGGUUAAAUACACCCUCACAGACACAUCAGUGUGCACCAGUGGUGGAAUCUAAAUAUGUACAUUUAUUUAUAUACUCUGCUCAGACUUCUGUGACUAUAUCUAAGAGGCACAAACUGUAGUGUUUAAAGACAAAGACAAAUUUAGUUACUUUUACAAUUUCUCAUCUCAAUGAAAAUCUUAUUCUCUUAAUACAGUGUUUUUCAACCUUGGGGUCGGGGCCCCACUUGGGGUCGCCUGGAAUUCAAAUGGGGUCACCUGAAAUUUC